AUGGCUGCUCUGCCGCCACUUCAGUUUGAGGAUGAGGUCUUUGACGUCGCCUUUCACCCCUCCACACCCAUUGUGGCGUCGGGCCUCAUCAGCGGUGACAUCUUUCUGCACAAUUACGGCCCGGCUCACGAGCUCAAAGCCCAGAUUGAAGGCCAUGAUGCUGCGUGUCGCUGCCUCUCCUUCUCUGACGAUGGUGCAUACCUCUUCUCCGCUUCUUCCGAUAAGAGCCUUCAGGUGGUCGACGUCGCCACGGGCGUAGCCUUGUACAAGCAAUCUCGAGCCCAUGACCACAGCAUCAACGUCAUCGCUAAGCUCGGAAGUGAGGGCAUGUUGGCGUCGGGGGACGACGAUGGCCACAUCAAGCUCUGGGACCUGCGCCAGCGUACCAGCAUUGCCACUUACCGGUCACACGAGGACUUUGUCUCAGAUAUCACCGUGGUGCCACACAAGAAGACCAUCAUCUCCACCGGAGGUGACGGGCGUCUUUGUGCUCACAACUGGAAUACUCAAAAGUCCAAGGUCUCAGACCAGAUGGAGGACGAACUCUUGUCAGUUGUUGUGAUGAAGCAUCACAAAAAGGUUGUCUGCGGCACCCAAGGUGGCACGAUCAACCUCUUCUCGUGGGGCUUGUGGGGUGACUUUACCGAUCGCAUGACCAACCAUCCAACCUCAGUGGAUUCUUUGGCCAAAAUCAACGAGGACAUUCUCGUGUCUGGCAGCUCUGAUGGUGUUUUGCGGGUGAUGCCGCGCGAUAUCGGCUCCCAGAGGCAGCACUGCCGUUUGAUGACCAUCCUGACAAGCGCCUUUGAUUAUGGCAGCGUCGUCUCCGUCCUGCCCAACAAGGUCCUGGGCGUCUUGGGCGAGCAUAAUGCCUAUCCCAUUGAGCGCGUGCGCCUUUCUGGGGAUGAGGCGUAUCUGGCCUCUUGCUCUCACGAUAAAACGGUCCGCUUUUGGUCGACCGAUGCCAUCAACCCGAUCAUCGAGGCUGCAGCCCAGGGACGGGAAACGGGGGCCUACUACCAAAACUCGGAUAUGGAGGAUGACGAUGAUGACGAGGACGAGGACGAGGAGGACAAGGAGAACUUGGCUGAUGAGGAAGCAGAUCGUGCGGAUGAGCGCAUGGAUGACGCUGAUGGUGAUACCAACGGCAAUGAGGAGGAGGUUGCCAGCGCCCUGCCGCCGCCCAGCGGGUGA